AUGUUACGAAAGGUAAUAUUUAGUUCUUGUAGAAAUCUUCAAAAUAAUAUCAAAUUAAAUAAUGUCUCAGUUUUAAAAAACUAUUCAACCGCUCCAAGGUUUGCCACUAUCAAAAAUGAUCGUAAUUUCGAUUAUUUACAAAACAAAAUUAGGGAUUUUAGAAAAGAAACAGAUGAAAAUAAGAAAGUGAUAUAUUUUAAACAAUUUUUAGAAAAAUUACCAGAAGAUAUACUUGAAACCAAUUAUACAAAAGAUAUAUUAUUUUUAAUUACAUCAUUAUUAGAAAUGGAUAAAAUUCAAGAAGCCAGACAAGCAUUCGACAAAAUUACAAAACAAAAAAUGAAAGCUCUAAAUUCAACAAAAAAUAAUGAGAAAAUGAGUUAUUCAAGAGAAAAAACCGAAAAUUUUUGUUUUAAAGAGAUAAUCAACUAUUAUUUAAAGAAGGAAGAGUUUGACGAAUUAGAGAAAUUCUUUGUUGCAAAUGCAACAUAUUACAAAUCAUUUUUAGAGGGUCAAGAUCAUUUCAAAGAGUUUCUUUCAAAAAUUUCAAAUGUGUCAUUCAAGAGAUUAAGUGAUUUGGUCUACAUUUUAUACGAAAAUAAUAUUAUUACAUGCAAUGCAUCCGUCAAUAUCUUGAUUUUCUCAAUAGAAUAUGAUCCAUCUGGUAAUACUUUCAAAAGUUUUUAUCAAUACCAUAAGAACCUUUGGAACCAAUUAAAUGUCAAACAGUUCUCAGAUUUACAACCAUUCAUUUUAGUCAGAAGAAGAGAUAAGAUUUUAAACCAAAUUUUAGAUGAUAUGUUGGAAGGUUGUGUACCAUUAAUGGAUCUCUCACCAAAAUAUAUCCAUAAUAUGAUGAGAUUGUUUUUUAGAGUUGAAAAGGAUCCAAUUCAAUUAAAGAAAUUAACCGACAAAGUACUCUUGGUCGCUGGACAACAGGAUUCAGAAUCUAUAGCCAACUUAUUAUUCCUUUAUUCUAGUUUCUUCGAUUCAAAAGAAGUAGGCAGAGAAGAAAGAAUUAAUUUGUAUACAAUGACUAGAUUUAAUCACGACUUAUUAAUGCUUCUCCCCGAAGAAACUAGAUUGAAUGUUGUAAACGAUCUCAUCAAACUAUUGUUAGCUUCAGAUCAAUACCACAAAGCAUUAAUCUGGUAUUUAUCAAUGUCAAACUCAUUAGGUAUUCAUCAAAACUAUCAAUCAACAAUUUACUUUAUAAUCUACCACAAAUAUCAAUUAGAGCUCAACAGAAAAGGCGAAAUUUCAUUAUCAAAAGAAGAUAUCGAAAAGAAUAAAAGCUGUUUAGAGUUUUGGGAAGAUAUUAUUGCUUUUUAUCCAGACAACACAAUUUCAUUCGAUGAAUAUUUUGAUAGAUAUAUAAGAAGCAAGGACAGAUACACCAAAAUUCUUGACAACUCAACCAAUUUAUCCUCAAGAACAAACAAAGCAAAAGAAUAUGGCUUUAUGUUAGAUACUAUCAGAAAUAUUAUCUCGCCAUCAGAUUCUCAAUUAAAAAUCCUUCUUCAAGAAAGUGCCAAAAACCAAGAAUUAGGUGUUGAAAUUUAUAGAAAUUUAGCAGAAAAAUAUUUUGCCUUUGAUGAUAUUCCUUCUGGUACUCUUUUAAUCGAAUCAAUAAUAUCAAUGAAAAACAGCCCCACCAGUUUAAGCAAACUCGAAAAUAUACCACUUCAAAUUAUCAAACCUUUACUUUCAAAUAACUCUGAUUUACAAUUCAAAGAAUUAAAGGGAUAUUAUAGGGACGAAUUAAUCACAGAGCUUUUUGGUGACAAAGAAAUCGAUAGUGAUUCCAUCGAAUUUAAAAAGAAAUUAAUAUUCAACAUGUUUUAUUACAAGUUUAAUAUAAAAAUGGCCAUCAGCGGCUUAAUUGCCUUAAUAGAAAGAAAAGUACCAAUUAAUUUCAGCCUCUUAGAGCAAGCUGUUACUAUAGUUUUAGAAAAUAAAGGUUCAUUCGAUAGAGAGAUCAUCAAAAUGCCAACAUUAUAUUCCUUUGUUCAAAAAUUCACCAAAAAGAAUACAUCAUACGAAGACGGUUUCUAUUUAACCCUCCGAAACUUGAUUGAUUCUCGUCAAUUCGAUAAAGCAGACCAAUACAUCAAAGAAUAUGAACACUUUAAAUCCCUCAAAAAUACAUAUAUUGAAAGAUCACGUAUCAUUUUAGAAGAAAACAACCAAAAAACAUCAACUGUAGGCAAACUCCAAAUUCUUUUUGAUGAAAUGGUCGCUACUGGUAUCUAUAAAGACCUUUCUUUUAUUUUAAACCCACUCAUCAAAAAUUUAAUUGUCACUUUACCACAAGAUCAAUUUUCAAAAUUUGAAAAUAAUAUUUUAUUCUCUUCGCCAAUUUUUGACCAAUUAACAUUCCUCGACAAUCAAUCAGUUUCAAAAUUAAUUUACCAUAAUAGAAACAACUCUUCACAAUUAGCAACUUAUAUGAAUAAAUGUUUAGGUACUCACACAAAAUCCGUUUUAUCAAAAGAGCUUCGUUUUAAUAAAAAUAUAACAAGAGAACAAAUAUAUUCAAUCUUAUUUGAAUUAAGAGGCACUGGAUUUGGUAAUGUUAAGGUUUUAUCUAAAUCAAUAAAUAAUAAUAAUAAUAAUAAUAAUAAUAAUACAAGUAAUAAUUAUUAA